AUGGCCUCAUCUCUUGGAGAUAGGAAGAAGAGUAGAUCUAAGUCGGAGAAAAAGCGUAAAUCCCAAGUGAAUGCGGUGUUAGUCGAAGAGGCGCCAGCUCCUCAUGAGCCCCUAUUCGUACCUCGAAUUUAUUCGUUGAGUAAUUACAAAGAGACUAAGCAUCACCGACUACCACAGGUGGUCACUGCCUUGAUGGAUAGCGGAGCAACCAUAACGUAUAUGCGGAAAGAAACAGCGGAUCAGCUUGGACUCCCGUACUGUGAUACUUUGAAUAAAACUUGGCCAAAGCCGCCAAUGGUACAUUUGUGCCUUGGUCGGAUCAUGGAAAUCGGAAGUUACAAUCUUCCGCAUAAAUUGUAUGUGGCGCAGGAAUCGGACUGUACGGCGCCUGUCCUGCUCGGUACUGACUUUAUCGAGAAGCUCAAUCGAUUAGGGCUUAAGCUGACUAUAGAUCUCCAUAAUAAUUCCUUAACUAUAGGGGAUAACGCUACCAAUUUAAUAAAUAACGUUGAGGCCCAAACUCCAUAUAAUGUUAGGUUGAUCGAUAAUGUUUUAUUGCCAAGAAGAUCUAAUAAUAUUGUGCAAGCCAUCAUCGAGGGCUACUUUUCUACUCGACCAUUAGACUUUUUCAUUGAAGAUAACCUAAGGCCCUACUCGGGGAUCUACAUAGUUGGUCGAUGUCUGGUUAACCCCAUUUUAAGGUCUAUGUAA